CAGGAGCUACUGAUAGAGACCGCCAGUCGUUAGAGAGAGCAUCAUGUCUUUUCCCAGCGUGGUUAGCCUGCUGGUGCUGCUAUUCAUGGCAGCCUGUUCUGGGCGUCAGGGUGUUGGCCCUGGUGAGCAGGACUGGGGCUAUAUAGACGUCCGUGAUGGGGCACACAUGUUCUACUGGCUGUACUACACCACUGCCACAACCGACUAUGCCACGCGGCCACUUGUCAUCUGGCUGCAAGGUGGGCCUGGAGCUUCCGGCACAGGUUAUGGUAACUUCGAGGAGCUCGGCAUUGUUGACACUGACCUCAAAGUCCGGAACUCAUCUUGGGUUCAUAAGGUGAAUGUAUUAUUCAUUGAUAAUCCUGUGGGAACAGGAUACAGUUAUGUGGACAGUAACUCCUUGUAUACAACUACAAAUGCAGAAAUUGCUGCUGAUUUACUUACCUUUAUUAAGGCAUUUGUGGAACAGUACCCCACUUUUCAAACUGUUCCACUCUACAUAUUCAGUGAAUCAUAUGGUGGAAAAAUGGCAUCAGAGUUUGCCCUUGAACUGUACAAGGCAAUACAAGCUGGUGAAGUGACAGUCCCACUUAGAGGAGUUGCUAUGGGAGAUUCUUGGAUUUCUCCCAUAGAUUCAGUACUCACCUGGGCACCAUUUCUUCUGCAAACUGGUAUGAUAGAUAGUGAAGGUUAUGCUGAAAUUGAUCGGUAUGCUCAGUUAACAAAUGAUGCUGUCAAUGCUGGUAAUUAUGGUUUGGCCACAUCACUAUGGUCAAUUACAGAAAAUAUUAUUUUGUCAGUAACAUCCAAUAUAGAUUUCUACAACAUACUGUACAAAGUGAAUGGUUAUGGAAGGCACUUACACAAAGCAGAGCUCCGAGGACUGAAUAGAGCAUCUGAUGAAGAGCUAAAUGAACUGAUGAAUGGCUAUGUGAGAAACAUCCUGGGAGAUGUGAUUCCUUCCAAUGUUUCCUGGGGUUCUCAGAGUACUUACGUUUCUAAUGCUCUAAAUGAUGAUUUUAUGAAACCAGUAACAGAUGUUGUUGAAUCACUUCUCAAUGAGACUGACAUUGCUGUAGUAGUGUACACUGGAAAUCUGGAUCUCAUUGUCGACACACCAGGUACACUAAAGUGGGUAGAAAAUUUAAAGUGGGCUGGUGCUCAACGCUGGGAGGACUCAGACCGUUCACCUAUAAUGGUUAAUAGUAUCAUUGAAGGCUACUACAAGAAAUAUGACAACUUUGCCUUCUAUUGGAUUACACGUUCUGGCCAUAUGGUUCCAACUGACAAUCCUGAUGGUGCACUUUGGGUGUUGAAAGAUGUCACUCAGUAUGAGUAAAAACAGUCAAGAAAGAAGAACUGCUCUGAAAUUAGUUUAAUUUCUUGGAGAUACUUAAUACAUUUAUUCUUGAAGCUUUGGGUUUUGUGCCACCAUAUCCUUACCUUGGACGUUAUGCAGUUCUACAGCAUUGCUCAGGAUUUUAUUAGCAACAACUUCUCUCAGCUCAUUGUCUUGGCGAUCAAUUUGUACCCUCGUUGUUGUAUGCCAUGUUGUAUAUGAAAGAAAAUACAAUACAAAUUACAAUAAAAUUCAAAUGUUUUAUCUUGUCCCAUACAAGUGCUUCUGACCACACCAUAUGGGCACCAAUGUAGUGAUUUUUUCAUGUGCUUCGGUGUCUAUGUUUGUGUGUAUACUAAUGCUGUUAAUAAUACGCCAUCAGAUCACAUAAGGCUAUGCAUACACCAUCAGAUCACAUAAGGCUACGCAAAACAUACUCAAUUCAACUUCUUAUCGCUAGCGAGUAUUAUUAUUUUUGAUAUUGUUAAGGCUCUCUGUAUUGAAGAGCCUGAUGAAUAAGUCACUUUGGAAUGUCUGUAUGGGGUUAAAUAAAUUAGGAUCAGCUUGGUGUGAAGCACCUCAGUCUUUAACAAUUAGAAAUGUCUCAUGUUUGUAAAUGGAUGUUUUUUCCCAUGAAUAAUAAUUUAUACUUUCGUGGAUUCAUUUGAAGAAACACCUUUUGAUUGGUACACUUGUUAUU